GGAAAUUAGUUUUUUUGCAAAUUACAUAAAAUACACAUUAGGAGUGAAAAAAAGAGGAGUGAGAAUGUGGAACCAAUGGCCUGCAGUAGCGGCUUUGGUGCCAGGCGCCGUGCCAAUGGCUGCACCACCCCAGCCCUCGGUACCGCCACCUCUGCCCGACGCACCGCCACCGCCGCCGCCCGCCGAGCAGCCAUCCACAGUCGCCUCGGUGGUGCCCGCCGGCGUCGCAGUUGGCGCCGCCGCUGAACCAGUCACCAUGCCUGCGGCACUUGGAGGCAACCCCUACAGCACAGCUGGCCAAACGGCCACCAACCCCUAUGAACAGUACACGGCUGCACAGUACGCGGCCAUGACCCCCGAGCAGCAGUAUGCGCUGCAGCACCACUGGCAUCAGUGGCAGACCUACCAGCAGGAGUACGCCAAGUGGCAUGCCCAAUACGGCGAGCAGUACAAACGGGAGAUGGCUGCCGCAGCAGCUGGUGGUGCAAAUCCCACGGCCGUAACUGCCGUCGCUGUCGCACCAGCGCCCGUAGCAGCAGCAGCAGCUGUCGUGAUGCCCACCGCUGUGGCAGUACAGCCGGGAGUGCAGGGCUAUCCCCCGGCACAACAGGCAUACUACCAGGCUCCGCCGGCGGUGGCUCCAGUGCCCGUUCAAGUGCCCCCCAAUCCUGCGGUAGCUGGAAUGCCGGGCAAGAUUAUGGCCCAGCCGCAGAUGUACAGCCAACCACCGCCGCCGCCACCGCAGAAGAAUGCCAAUCCCGGAGGCUACAUGCAGCAGCCGCAGCACCAGCAGCAGCAUCAGGCAAAUCCCAAUAUGUGGCCCAACGUCCCACCGGCGGUACAGCAGCAGCAGCAGCAUCUCCAGCAACCGCCGCCGGCGUCUCAUUACAACCAAAUGACACAGCCACAGAUGGGGGGCUACAGUCAGCCACCCAACGAGAUGCAGGGCAACAUGAAUCCCUUUCCCAAUCUGCAGCAGCCGCCGCCUGCAUUUAUGGGCGCUGAUCCCAAGAUGCGCCAGCCGCCGCCCAAUGCCAUGGAGAACCAAUGGAGCCAGCAGCAGCAUCAACAGCAUCAACAGCAUCAGCCUCCGCAACGUAAUGCACCACGGUGGGAGGGGCCCACAGAUGGGCCCGGACCUGGUCCAGGUCCAGGUCCAGGUCCAGGUCUCGGUCCAGGUCCCGGUCCCGUAGGACCCGCCAGGUGGGAGGGACCUCCCCCAUCUGGAGGGAAUGCAAACAAUCGCUGGAAUUCCGGACCGCCUCCACCUGCCGCCGAUACAAACAGACGCUGGGACGGACCCCCGCCUCCGCAGGGUGGGGAUGGCAACAAUCGCUGGAGCGGACCGCCGCCGUCGUCCUCGGCUGAGGCUAAUCGGGGACGCUGGGAUGGACCACCCCCAUCUAUGCAGGACAAACAGCAGGAGCAACAGCCGCCGGGGGGCAGCAGCAACAAUCAGCGGAUGAAUCGUUGGUCUACGAAUAAUCCCGAUAUGGAGCAGCGUCAUGGAAAUAAAUCGAACCCGAAUUUCCAGCGCAAGGGCUGGAGCGAUGGACCUGGGCAGCAAGCGGGAGGAGGAGGAGAUGGCCCUGCCGCGCAACGCGGCCAGAAUCCUUUUACACAGAAUUCUGGCCAGGAGUUUCUCUCAAAUCAAGAAGGAUUUAGCGGUGGUCGCGGCGGAGGCCCACCUGGACCUGUACCAGGACCUGGACCUGGACGAUCGAUUGCUGGAAAUUCCGGCGGCGUUGGCGGAAACUCGGGAAACUUUGGCAAUAGCCCCGGAGGAGGAGGAGGAGGGGGAGGAUCGAACUUUAAUAACAACAACAGCUAUGGCGGAGGAGUUCCCGAUAAUUCUGGGAGCUUUGGCAACAAUUAUGGGGCCAACAGCCGCCGUGGUCCUCCGCCCAACAACAACAACAAUGCGGGACGCUGGGAGAAUCAGGGAUACAACGAAGAGAGAGGUGCCAACAGCGAUGGCGGUGGCCAGAAUCGUGGAGCAGGAGGAGGAGCUCCUGCUGGGCCAGAUCUGGAUGAGGCGAGCUUCGAUCGUUUGUUCGAUCAGUGGGAGCAGCAGUUCGAGGACUGGAAACGGGCUAAUGCCAAUCAUCCGGAUCGCGACGAGUACCGUCGCUACGAGGAGGAGUUUGAGAAGCAGCGCCGUCGCAUUGCAGAGCGACGCGAGCAGAUGCGUCGUCGCCGUCAGGCUCAAGAGAGUGGAGGUCCAGGAGGAGGAGGAGGGGGCCCAGAUGGUCCACCAGUCGGACCAAUGGGCAGCAAAGAUCCCAUCGAAGACAUGGAAGACGGUGGCGGGCGCUUCCGUGGUGGGUCCUUUGAGGGUCCAAACAGAGGUGAUCCUGGAAUGGACGGACAGGGACACGGACCAGGUCCUGCUUUUGAGAGAGAACCCUUUGGAGCUCGAGGACCUGGACCUGCCUUUGAUGGUCCCAAUCGCGGUGGUCCUGGACCUGGAGCUGGCGGUAGACCUGGCUUCGGCGGCAGAGGACCUGGUCCAUUCCCAGGCGGGAAUCUCGAGCAGCGUCGUGAGAAUGAAACCCAGCAGCAGCCGCCGCCCAUGCGCCGGGAGCAUGUCGUGGAGCCUCCCAUGGCGCUGAAGACGGGAUCUCCACAGAAGCAGUUGUCGCCUAAGAAGCCCCUAGAGCAUCAGCAGCAGCAACAGCAGCAGCAGCAACAGCAGCAGCAGCAUCAGCAGAAGAGCAAGCCUUCGUCUGGACCUGGACCAAUGUCUAAUCUUGGCAAGCGGCGGUUCGAGGGUGCCGCUGCCACCUCCACACCGGCGAAGCAAACCAAAGAGGAGGAGAAUAUUCUCACCAUUUCACUGGACGAUGACGACGACGAUGAUGAGCCAGAGCCAGACUCGGAGCUGGUGGAUACGCCCAUGACAAGCAUAUUCAAGAAGAGCGAUGGCAUCCCCGGUCUCGAUCUGGUCGACGACGGCGUCAAGCCGGGCGUCGGCGGAGGUGCCGCAGAUGACAACAAGAAGAUCCCGUCGCUGUUCGAUGUGGUCAUCAAGAACCCUGGUGAUCAGGCGGCCGUCGUCGGCGCUGCUCCGGCAGCCGUGAACGAAGGAGUCCCCUCCGCUGCUGAGGCCGACGCCAAGCAGACGGCGGACGAAUCUCUGCCGACGAAUGUGUCCAUUGCCCUCAAGGAUCCCAAUUUCAUCAACAAUCUCACACAGGCAGUGGCCAAGGCCCAGGAGCGGAUGAGCGAGAAGGGCGGUGCAGGAGCAGGAGCAGGAGCCAACGAUUCAUCGGAGGCAGGAAGCGCCGGCAAUAAGGGACGGCCCUUGUCCUUUGCCGAAUGGCAGCGCAAGAAGAAAGUCCAUUCCCAUUCGCAGUCUCAAUCGCCGGGGAAUGUGGACAAGCUCUCGCAGGACUCCAGGGAGUCGAUGAUGAGUCGCGAUAGCGGUGGCGAUGCCGGGGACGCACGCAGCCGUAGCCGUGGACCCAUGGACAUGGAUGAUCAGCAUUCUCGGCUGCAUCGUGAAUUUGGUGGCGAUGGUCCCGGUCCCGGUCCCGGUCCUCUUUCCGGUCCUGGUCCUGGCUUUCGAGAUGGCCCCGGGCCCUUUGGUCCCAAUCAAAUGAAUCAAAUGGGACCCGGGCAGGUUCCGGGCGAUAAUUUCACGGACUUUAGUAAGAACUUCGAUGGAAAUGGUCCCCCCGGCUUCGGGCCGAAUGGCAGGAAUUUCGGACCUGGACACGGACAUGGACAUGGACCUGGACCUGGACCUGGACCUGGACUUGGACCAAACUUUGGCCCUAAUGGCGGCCGCAAUUUCGGUCCAAACGGUGGCCCACAUCCGCCCUUUGGUCCUGGAGGACCCAACUUUGGUCCUAAUGGCCCCAACUUUAGACCGAAUUUUGGCCCCAAUAAUGGACCAAAUGGUCCGAACUUUGGUCCUAAUUUCGGACCCAAUUUCGGGCCCCACAAUCGCGGGGGCGGUGGGCCUGGACCCGGACCCGGACCCGGACCUGGACCUGGACCUGGACCCAAUUUUGGUCCGAAGUUCCGUGGACCUGGCCCUGGACUCGGCCAUGACUCGGGACCGUUUAAUCCAUUUGGCUUUGGUGGAGGCCCUGGUGGUCCUGGAGGUCCUGGACCCAACUUUGGAGGAGGACCCAACUUCGGUGGAGGACCUGGAGGACCCCCGAAUAAUCCCAACAAUAGUGAUAAUCCAUUCCGGCGCAACUCCGGUCCACCGAUGCCCAAUUUUGACGAGGACCUGGGCGGAGGUCCUCCGCGCAAUCGUCGAAACUUUGGACCAGGACCAGGACCAGGCAGUGGAGGCCUAGGCGGAAACAUGAUGAACUUUGGAAACCGGAAACCAUGGGAUGACGGACCGGAGCAGCCGCCGCCGCAGCAUCCACUAGCACUGGGGCCACAGCGGCCGCCGCCAUUCCACUCUCAUUCUCAUUCACAUUCACGGGUGGAGCCAAACCAGGAUCAGGACCAGGACGAUGACGAACCCGUGCACCGUCCCAUGAAGGUGUUCGACUACCAGAACAAGACGCCCGCCCCCAAGGUCAUCGACUAUGGCCACAAGUCGGCCACAAUGGGCGGGGGGGGCGCUGCCUCCUCGAUAUCAUCUGGCGAUGGGCUGCCCGAAUUUCGGCCCCUGAAGACCUUUGACUAUGGACACGCCUCGAGCAAUGGCUAUGGCCCAGUGGGUGGCAGAAUGAUGCCAGGACUAGCACCAAGAAUGAUGGGAUCUGGACGCGGAGGCGGACGCGGAGGUGGACGCGGCGGAGCACCGCACGGAAUGGGGAUGGGACCAGGAUUAGGAAUAGGAGUCGGAGCAGCCGGACCCUCAGCUGGAACCGGACUCGGACCCGGACUCGGACCCGGACCUAAUGAAAAAGCCUUAAACAAGCGUAACAAAAAAAGAAAGAAACAGUUGCGCCAGCAGGAGCGCCUGCAAAUGCAUCAGAGUCGUCAGCUUCAAACGAUUCCGUCCGAAGAGAGCGAUCAGCAGACACCUGUCCCACCGCAGGGACAGAACAGUUCGAAGCAGUCCGAUGAUCUCGAGGAUAUCUCCGAUGGGGAAGAUAAUCUCGUGGAAAUGCGCGAUGAUGAGUCCCUGCCAUCGCCGCCAUCGAUGCACAUUAAUAAUAGCCUCUCUUACGGCGGAGAAUCCUUCAAGAAAGCCUUCCCCGCCAAUCCGCAGCGCCGCAUGCUGGGCGAGGGCCCACUGAUACCGAAAACAGAACCCAUGCCGUCGUCAUCGGUGGAUGCUCCUUCUGCGCCGCAAUCUCUGUUUCCCUCGGAGGCAAAGGCCAAUGAGGAUGUACCCGCCGGCCAUGUCCCUGCCCCACAUUUGGAGAUGAGUGUGCCCACGAACGAGAAUCGCAAUACAAUAUCGAUCGAUGAGAUUCUGUUGUCGCCCGGACGCUUGACGCGUCCCAAGCGCAUUUGUGUUAUCCUACGCGGACCACCGGGCAGCGGCAAGUCCUAUGUGGCACGCCUCAUCAAGGAAAAGGAGCUGGAAAUGGGCGGGGCCACACCGCGUAUACUCAGCAUCGAUGAUUACUUCAUCAUUGAGAAUGACUACGAGGAGAAGUGCCCCAAAACGGGGAAGAAGAUACCCAAAAAGGAGCUGCUAUACGAGUACGAUGAUACCAUGGAGGAGACCUACAUGCAAUACCUGAUCAAAUCGUUCAAGAAGACGCUCAGCGAUAAUCUGUACGACUUUAUAAUUGUGGAUUGCAAUAACAAUUCGCUGCGCACACUCAACGAGUUCUACUGCCAUGCAAAGGACUCGAAUUUUGUGCCGUACAUUGUGGACCUUCUGUGCGAUGUGGAGACUUGUCUGGGACGCAAUGCGCACCAGCGCACCACAGAGGAGAUCCAGCUGGCGCUGGAUAAUUGGAACGAGACGCCGCUGCAGUACAUCAAGCUGGACGUGGCCACGCUGCUGGAGAAUGUGGUCGAGAUGGAAGAUGUUGAGAAUAUGGCAACGGAUGAUAAUGCCUAUAGCGAGGACACUGCUUCGAAUGCCACCAAUGCCAAGGCAUCAGCCACUGGGCUUGUUGGGGAUCUUGUGCCCACCGCCGCCGCAAACGCUGCCAGUGCCGUUGCCGUCGCCGUCGCCGCCACUGCCGCUGUCGAUGGAACGACAGAUGACAGCAACGGCGAUGAUAUCUGCUACGAUUUUGGCAAUUUGAAAAGCAAGUGGGAAAGCGACAACACCGAGGAUAAUCUAGCCCGUCUGGACGGCACCAUGCGCAUCCUGAAGAAAAGCAAGACAGCCAGCAUGGCCGAAUAUCUGCAGCUGGACGAUUGGGAGCCACCAAAAACAUCAGUCGAUGGCAAGAAGCGAGUGCGCUGGGCGGACAUCGAGGAGAAGCGCGCCCAGGACAAGAUGCGUGCCAUUGGCUUUGUGGUGGGGCAGACCGAUUGGAAGCGCAUGAUGGAUCCCAAUGCCGGCAAUCGUGCCCUUAACAAAACAAAAUACAUUGAACGCGUCAAAAAGCGACGCUAGCACAGCGAGACAGCGAGAGAGAGGGAGAAAGAGAGAGACGAAAAUUAUGAUGAUGAGUGGCAUGAGGGGAGGGUCACAAUUUGAAAAAAUUUUUUUUUUUUUUUUUUUGAAAGUUUUCAUUUCCUUCUGGCACGCGACUGCCAAACACGAUUGCAUUUCCGAAUGGAAUCAUUUCCAAGUGAAAACCCCAAAGUUCUAGUAUAAUUCUAUUGUAAAUUUACUCAAAUGACGAUGGACCGUACCGAGUAUCUUCCACUACCCAUUCGGUAUAUAAUUUGUUUUAGUUUUUAGCAAAACGUAGAAAUUAUCUUUCUUUGCGAUGCGUUUCCGUGUUCGAAUGGAUAACCCCCAUUCGAUUAGGUGGCCCCUCCUACCGCACUCCUACUGUGUACACAUGUAUUUUAAUUGUAAAUUAUAAUCUAAUAUUAAGUUAAAGCAAAUGCAUUUGGAAAGAAAAACAAACAAUAUCUAUAAUAAAUGCCAUGCAUAAACACAGCAA